GAAGCCAACAGAAGAUGCUAAGCUGAAGCCGGCACUCAUCUGCGUGUGACCUCCAGUGCUUGUGCGGGGCUCUUCUGCCCGCUCUACAACUCCGGUGCCUCAGUAUUACAGGUUGGCUCUCGUCCUCCAGCCCAAAUGAUGCAAGCGCGUUAUUCUGUUGCUGACCCCAAUGCUCUCGGGGUUGUGCCCUACCUAAGUGAGCAGAACUACUACAGAGCAGCGGGCACCUAUGGCAGCAUGGCCACCCCCAUGAGUGUGUACUCAAGUCACGAGCAGUACACACCGGGGAUGGGCAGGUCGUAUGGGCCCUACCACCACCACCAACCUGCAGCACCUAAGGAUCUGGUGAAGCCCCCCUACAGUUAUAUCGCCCUAAUAACUAUGGCUAUCCAGAAUGCCCCAGAUAAAAAGAUCACGCUAAACGGAAUCUACCAGUUCAUCAUGGACCGCUUCCCGUUUUAUCGGGAGAACAAACAAGGGUGGCAGAACAGCAUCAGGCACAACCUGUCCCUGAAUGAGUGCUUUGUCAAAGUCCCCAGGGAUGACAAGAAGCCUGGGAAAGGAAGUUACUGGACUCUGGACCCAGACUCCUAUAAUAUGUUUGAGAAUGGGAGCUUCUUGAGGAGGAGAAGGAGGUUCAAGAAAAAAGAUGUUAGCAAGGACAAAGAUGAGAGACACCAUAAGGAGCAGGGCAAGCUCCAGAGCAUGGACAUUCCCAAGGAAGUAACUCUUGAGAAAAAAAUAGUCAUCAAGAGCGAGUCCCCGGACCUUCCUGUCAUCACCAAGAUGGAGAACCUAAGUCCAGACAGUGGUAGUGCCAUGCAAGACAGCCCAAGAAGUGUGGCCUCCACCCCGUCAGUUUCUACUGAGAGUUCCAUUCCAGACCACCACCAAUCCAAUAAUGGCCUUUCAGGGUUUAGUGUGGAAAACAUCAUGACACUGAGGACUUCUCCCCAUGGUGAAUUGAGCCCCGUUCCUGCUGUUCCAUGUAGAACAGGUAUGGUGUCUUCCUUGCCUCUUAACUAUGCACAAACCCAGUCUUCUAUCUACAGCCAAGCGUGCACCCAAAACAUGGACACUAGUGGGAGCUACCAGUGCAGUAUGAGGACCACGAGCUUGUACGCAGGUGACAGACCAAACCACAUGUGUGUUCCUACCACACUGGAAGAAUCUCUCUCGGAUCAUCACAACGGGACAUCUCCAUUAAAUUCACUGAGUCUUAGCUCAAAUCAAGAAAGUGUCCUGGCCUCUAGUCAUCAUCAGCAAAGUGGCACAGCAGGGCAGACACCUUCCUGGUACCUCAACCACGGUGCAGAUCUAAACCACCUCUCUGGGCACAGUUUUGGGACCCAGCAACAGACAUUUCCCAAUGUUAGAGAUAUGUUUAACUCCCACCGCCUUGGGAUUGAAAGCUCAGGCCUCAGUGAUCACCAGGUGAGCGGUAACACAAGCUGUCAAAUCCCCUAUAGGUCAACGUCUUCCAUAUACCGCCACACCAGCCCAUAUCCAUACGACUGCACUAAAUAUUGAUCAUUAUCAGUUUGCCUUUCUCUUGGCAAAAAAAAAUGCAAUUUAAACACUUAAGACUGCAAAGGUUCUUCUUUUUACUAACUAGAAAUGGACACUUGAAAAUCAUCUUAAAUAUGUUGACAUUGAAUUUAGUGGUAAAGAUAUAUGAAGCUUUUUACAAGUAAAUUGUACUUGAAAAGGGGAGAAAACUUACCAAGAAAUGGCAGUUUUUGCAAAAUGAUAGGAUCUAAAAAAGUAAGUUAUGGACCAACUUUUAGUGACUAUUUGUGUAAGUUGUAUAGCUUUAUGUUCUAGGAAUAUAUUAUUAAAUAUCUCUCAUUUUCUGCAAAUUGUGUAAAACUGAUUCAUAUACCAGAUUUUUAUUAUUUAAAGUUGCGUCCACUGGAUUCCUGUUCUGUGUUGCCAUCGUUUAGUAUUUUCAGAUUGGGGUUAAACAAAGUACUUUAUUUAGUCAUGUACAUAACUAUAAGCGAUAAUAUUUCGCCUUCAAAUAUUUUUCCUCUUUUUUUUUUCUUCUUACAAAACAGAAUAUAAUUUAUUUUUUAUUGGUGGGAUAAAAAAUGUUAAUAAUCAAUAUUUGUUCUGCUUCUUCCUGGUUUUGAUCAUUCCUCAAAAUAGUUUUGUUCUGUUCAAUUUGUGUGUGUCUUUUUGUUUAUUAUUAUUGUAUUUACUUAAAUAAACUAUUGUUGUUUUUCUGCUUAAA